AUGGCGUUUCUUGUGACACUGCCACCGGUUAUGUCAUCAGACUCGACCUCAGCUUCAAUUCCUGCAGGGAUUUCGAUGCUAAUGAGGUUGGUGUCUCUUGAUCUUUCCGAGAUGACCAAUUCUAUAGAGCUAAGAAAUCCAAACCUUGAAUCUUUUAUUAUGAAUCUGAGUUCUUUAAAAGAGGUGUAUCUUGAUGGUGUAGACCUCUCAGCUCAAGGCUCUAACUGGUCUCAAGUCUUAUCCUCUGCAUUGCCUAAUCUUGAAGUUUUAAGUUUGUCCUACUGUGAUCUAAAUGGUCCAAUCCACCCUUCAUUUGCAACACUAAAAUCUCUCUCUUAUUUGAAGCUUAGCUUUAACAAUCUGUCUUCUGAUAUCCCAGAAAAUGUUUUUCUCCUUCCAACAUUGAAAACCAUUGACAUCUCCAAUAAUCACCUUCUGAGUGGCCAGUUUCCAGAGUUUCCAAAACACACCUCUUUGCAAAGAAUUUCACUUUUUCAAACAAAUUUUCAUGGAGAAUUGCCCGAGUCCAUUGGAAAUCUUCAGUCAUUGAAAAUUUUAGAAAUUUAUAGAUGCAAUUUCUCGGGGUUAAUCCCAUCAUCACUAUCAAACCUUACAAGUAUUAUUGAGUUGGACAUUAAAGAAAACAGAUUCACAGGUUCUUUACCCCCAUUUCAUAGUACAAGUGUACCAAAUCUCUCGUACCUUGACAUGUCAUCCAAUCUUCUCACGGGUGGAAUUCACUUGUCUCUUUUCACGCUACCAUCUCUGGAAUACUUGUACCUGGAUGAUAACAAAUUCAGUGGUGAACUCGAGGAGUUCUCUAAUAAUACAUCUUCCUCUAUUUUGGAGGACUUGGAUUUGUGGGGCAAUCAAUUGAGUGGGGUGGUACCUAAAUCAAUCUUUGAACUUCCUAACCUCAUUCAUCUAUCAUUGGGCUCUAACAAUUUUAAUGGCAGUGUGAAAAUUGAGAUGCUGCAGAAUCUCAAGAACUUGACAGUUUUAGAUCUCUCUAGCAUUAGUUUGACCGUUGAAGAAAAUGAUGAUAGAAGCUUUCACUUGCCUCAGCUACAGAUUUUGCUUCUGCAUAAGUGUAAUUUGUCUGACUUCCCUGUUUUCCUUAAUAGCAAAGUACAUCUUAGAUAUCUGAAUCUUUCAUAUAAUCACAUCCGAGGUUAUGUUCCUAGUUGGCUAGGGAACAACACUCUCCAGACGUUGGAUCUUUCUGGAAAUCCAUUAGAUUUUCUUGAGCCAUCAUCAUCUCAGGGAAAUAAUUCAUUUGUGUCACUAUACCAUCUGGUGAUGCAUUCUUGCAACAUUUCUACAUUCCCCAAGUUUUUGAAAGGCCUCCAUUCUUUAUCAUUUCUUGACCUUUCUGAUAACAUGAUAGAAGGUGAAAUACCAAGCUGGAUAUGGAAGAAUCAACUUCAAUUUUUGGAUCUUUCUAACAAUCUUUUAUAUGCCCUUGAUGAAUUUUACUUAAAUAUUUCUUUAGAUGUGAAAGCUCUUUAUCUUCAUGGAAAUAGUAUCAAAGGAUCUCUUCCAUCCGGAAUAUGCAAUAUGAGCAACCUAAUUGUUCUUGAUGUGUCAGAUAAUAAUUUGAGUGGUUUGAUUCCUGAGUGCCUACUCAAACAUGCACCACUAGUUGUCUUGAACUUACAAGGAAACAGUUACCAUCAAAUGCCUUUUAAUUUUACAUUAGCAAGAAAUCUUGGUACUCUUAAUAUCAAUGGCAAUCGCUUGAAAGGGAAGCUUCCAAGAUCACUGGUUAAUUGCAAAAUGCUGGAGAUUCUUGUUUUGGGAAAUAACAUGAUAUCUGAUACUUUUCCGUUUUGGUUGAACACGCUCCCUUCACUCAAAGUUCUUAUCUUGCGAAACAACAUGUUUUUUGGUCAAAGCUUGAGUGCAAUGGCAAUGGGUGGGGAAAACAAAUCACAGUCCAGCCUCUUCGAAGAGCACAAAAGAUACUAUCAAGAUUCAGUGACCAUCACAUGCAAAGGAAAAGAUAUGGUGUUGGUUAAGAUCUUCACACUAUACGUGGUUUUGGAUCUAUCAAACAACAAGUUCUAUGGCAAUAUUCCAGAAGAGAUUGGUGAAUUGAAAUCACUAGUUGUGCUCAACCUGUCUCAAAAUGUCUUCGUUGGGCAAAUUCCAACAUCAUUGCAAGAAUUAUCUCAGCUUGAAUCUUUAGAUUUCUCAUGGAAUAAAAUUUCAGGAAUGAUUCCUCCCCUACUCACCCAUCUAACGUUCUUGGAAGUAUUGAACCUGUCUUACAACCAACUAGCUGGGCCCAUUCCUUUGGGAAUGCAAUUCAAUACUUUCACGAAUAGUUCCUACAUAGAAAAUGAGGGAUUGUGUGGAACCCCACUCUCAAGAAAAUGCAUUGAAGAUGAUGCACCAACAACACAGGGUGAGAGCUUGGAAAGUGAAGAAGCCAUGUUUGAUUGGACGUUUGCAGUUGCUGGAUGUGCGUUUGGGUUAGUUGUUGGGUUAAUAAUAAGAUUCACAUUCUUGGCCGAAUUGAUUAUUACAUGGCUUGUAAACCAAAAGAAGAAGAAGAAGCAACCAAGGAGGACCAAGAAAAAAACAGGGUUAUAUAGCUCUCUGUAA